UUUCGAGGUAUGUUGCGCGCGAAACGGAGUAAUGUCGCGGCACGUCAUGCAUGAGAAGCAACAUCUCUCUCUAAAUGAUAACUAAUCAUUAAAAUUCCGUAUUUAUGCGCGCGGAGAUUACGAGCCACUUGAUUGAAUUCCGCUGGAUAGCCGAUGAGGGAAUAACUCGCGAGAAAAAUGCCACCAAAACACACGAAAGGCUCGCCACAAAAAUGCGCGAAGACGACGAGCAGCCAGUCGUCGGUGAAUACCUGGGUAUUUCUUACGAAAGCGGAUACAGUGGCUGGCAUGGACGAAGAUCAAUCGGAGAUCGUGAGACUCAGGCAUCCAGCCUCUAACAAACCGGCUAUGUUUGUAUUUGGAUCUGCAGAUCGCACGGUGCAAGAGAUCUUGAUCUUCGACGAGAAGAAGAGAUCUUGGUUCAUUAACGAUAGCGUCAAGUCCGAUGGCAAGCUCUACCUGUCGACCCCAAUCGACCCGAUCUUCCUAGUUUUACCGUAUUUAAGAAAGUCGCAAUUAGCGCAACCCUUAGAACAAUGUCUCUGGGACGAAGACUUUCCAGAUACCUCGCGUCUAGCGCAGUGUAAAAAUUUGAAACUGUCACUAGUGGCCGACCGUAAGGGAGACGAAUCAUUACAAGCUUUUAAAUUUAAUGAGGACAAAUCAUUGAAGUGGUUACAGUCAAAGACGGAGAAAGUAGCUAGUGUAUUGAAACAGAAGGGAAUUCAUGUGUCCCAAAGUGCCAUAAGCGCUACUUACGUCACAAGUAUUAAAUCUGAAGUAGCCACAGAGGCAGAAUACUUGAGAUACGCGUAUGGUAUCGUAUCGGAGUAUCUUGCUGAAGAUCUCUCAAAGAAAUUGGCACAGCACUUGAAUAUACCUGAUGAGACCGAGAAUAAGAAACGCAAGCUAAGUAGUCCGAAAGAUGAAGUUAGCGAAAAGAAGCAAAAGAAGGAUUCGGUUGAGGAAAGCCCAAAGAAGAGGGCAGUGAAGGAAUUAUCUAAACCUGAAAAGAUCCACAAAAGUCCAGCUCCCGGUAAAAAGGAAUUGGCCAGACAGAGAGCAGCUGCAGGAUCCAAAAGUAUCACCAGUUUUUUUAAAAAGAAAUAAAUUUCAAAUAACUACACAGGGGGGGAUUUUUAUGAUCUAUUUGGUCAAUUAGUGUUCUGUGCUUUUAUAGAUUGUUUUUAUAAAUUUUAUUAUAUAUAAGU